AUGAGCCAGGAACUGGAUCGGGCUACGUUGGCCCCCAUGGGCGAAGGCGGAUGCCUGCAACUCUCUUCCCCUCUGAGCCGAGCUCACAUCCGCGACUUUGCCUCGCAGUGUGCGUACUAUGCCCGUAUCGCGGAUAUUGUCGUAUACGAUACACAAGGGAUGACCGCCGAAGCAUACCCUACGCACAUGCGCGCAUCUGUUGACGUGAAUCACCAUGUAUCGCUCCUAGAGCGCGAACAGGCCGCAGCCAUGCUACGCCUAUUACCACCAAUGUGUGACCGUUUUGCACGUGGCCCAGGUGAUGGACGAUGGGCUGGACACGCGUCGUCCACAUACUUCCUGGACGUAUUGGCCUUUGUCAAACAAGCUCGGCUCGCUGGCGGCAAGGUGUUGGUCCACUGCCGACAUGGUGUGAACCGAAGUGCCACGGUGGUCAUUGCCUACGUGCUGGCGCAUAUGGACUGGAGCUUGGACGAUGCGUACUUGUACGUACGCAGCCGCCACCUUCAUGUGAUUCUUCAGCCGCAUUUGCUGUUUUUCUGGGACUUGAUGGGCUGGGAGCGAUUCCUGGUGCAGGCCACUGGGCCGUCUGCCUACGCGCAUGGACCGCCAAUGCCUAGGCCAACGCCCAUACUUGUGGUACGCUCUAUGCUCCCACAUCCACAUGCUAAAUCAACGGUGCUUGUAACUGGUCCUAGCGCCCCGUUUGUACAUAGUCGCUCCACGCAUAAACCGCCGCGCCGGCGUGAGUAUGAUGCACCUAUGGCAUCUGCAUCGACACGGAAUAUACGGUUCAUGGAGCCAGGGCAGGCGCACUCAGGCCCAUCCUCGGCUGCCCACGCGCCAUCGUGGCAGGCGCACGAGCUGGAGGGGUCAGGCUUGUCGCAUGCCGUGCCCGGCGUAGCGACGUCGCUGCCAUCGGGCACACGUCGACGUGCGUCUGCGAAUGAUGCAGUAGUGUACGACCCGUUGCUGCGUGUCAAAGCCUCAGACGAGCGUCGCAUGCGUCGAAGCCGAUCGCCACGGCAUACGUCGUCGUCACGGAUAGCGGACCUUCCACUGGACGAGGAGGCCCAUGUGAUCCGCGGACGCAUACGCCGCACAAGUCUAGCAUCGCCGACCUCGCCACAGAAGAACGAGGACUCGGAUGCAGUCACGCUACGUCUCGUCAACGAGUCGUGGAAAAACUCGACACCGUCUGAGCCUAUUUUCACGCGCCAGCGGAAACCGCAGUCACGGCCUUCGCAACCUACCUAUCGCAUGGCUGAUCUGCACUCCAUGAGCGACGAUGACGAGGAAGACGAUCCACCUCAAAAUCCCGCUGUGCCCUUCAAGCCUCUGGGCUCAGCGGCGGCGCCACGCGCAUCGGCGUCCGUACCGCGCGAGCAAACCCAUGGCGCCUCACGUAUACCAUCCAACGACCUGGUCACACUAGCAACCAUUGCAGUGGGCGACAACGAUGCCCUAGAAGAGGAAGCACAGAAACUUCGCGACGAGCAGUGGCUGAACGAGGAGCGGGAGAGGCAUGCCGCCUACACGCAAUCGCCUCCGCCACGAACACGCGGCCUCAGCGCUCCUCGUCGUAAGCAACGUGCCAAGGCCACGUCGCCGCCUCUCCGCGAGACGUCGCCGGCGUCGCCGCCGCCGCCCCUGCCGCCCUUGCGUGCGGCGUCCGCGGGCGAUGCCGAGCUGCGACGCUCGGUGCGUGCGCAGUCCAGCGAACGCUUCCCGCCGAUGCCAGUGGAGGUGGGUGGCACAGAGAGUCCCAAGGUGGCACGCAAAUUGUCUGUGCGCGAAGAGUUGCGACGUCGGCAACGUCCACGCGCCAGUACAUCGAUGGCGACCCACGAAGGCCGUCGAUCGCGGUCCAAAGGUCGGCCGCGUGCGAGUUCGUCCAUGUCGCGCCGACGCGAAGCCUCGCCAGUCCUUCUACGGGACGAUGCUGAUCCUGCGACGCAUAUGCGCCCAGAAGCUUCGCCAUACCGGCUGGAACGGCCUCAGACGCCGCCAGCCUCGUCGAAAGUGGACAUGGCAGAGCUGACAGCGACGCCGUCGUCCGCGGACAACUUUGAAGAUGCACGUGCGUUUGACGACAGUAUGGCGUCCGACGAGGAGGUGUGGUUUGAUCCCAAGGACGAGCAGCGACGAGCAGCUCGCCAGAAGCGGGCGGACCGUGAGCGCGAGCGUCGGGAGCGUAUCGAAGCGGAAGCGCUCGCACGUCAGCAGGCCGAGAUGCAGCGGCUGGAAAUUGUCAAGCGGCUGCAGCAAGAAGAACUGGAGCGUGAGCGUGAAGAGCGCGAGCGUGAAGCAGCGCUUCGUCGUGCCCUGCAAGAGCAGGAGCGGGCUCUGGAGCAGCGCCGUCGCGAAGCGAUAGAAGAGCGGCAGCGACGCGAAGAAGAGGCACGUCGACGCCAGCUGGAGGCGGCAGCUGAAGCGGAAGCGGCGGCGGAAGCCGCGCGGCUGCAACUGGAAGAAGAGCUUCGUCAGAAAGAGGCGGAGGCGGAAGCCGCGCUGGAGCGUGAACGGCAGCGUGAAGAGGAAGAGCGUCGCCGCAUCCAGGAGGAGGAAGAGUACGAGCGUGAGAAAGAGCGGCUCGAAGAGGAAGAGCGUCGCGAGCGGCAGCGCCUGGCCGACUUGGCCGAGCGGGAGCGACGUAUCGCGCUGGAGCGGGAGCAACGCCGCGAGGCUGCGCGACUGGAAUCGGAGCGCUUGCGACUGGAGAAGCGUAUGCGCGCGGAGGCGGAGCGGGCAGAGACGGAGCGAUCGCGGCAGGCGCGUUUAUUGGCGGAAGCUAUGGAGCGCGAGCAGAAACGACGUGACGAGGCACUCGCUGCGGAGGCACGGCGAGUGCAGGAAGAGCGCGAGCGCAUCGAGAUGGAGCGGCACACCAGGAUGCUGGCCGAGAAAGAAGCGGCGCUGCAAGCGCGACUGGAAGCGGAGCGACGAGCCGAAGAAGAGCGGAAGCGCUUGGAAGCGGAGUUGGCGCGGCAGGAGCGUGAGCGUGAAGAGGCGGAGCGGCGUGCGCGCGAGGCGCGUGAGCGUGAAGAGCGAUUGGCACGCGAAGAGAAAGAGCGCCUGGAACGCAUUGAGCGUGAGGAUCGCGAGCGGCAGGAACGUGCGCUACGCUUGGAGCGUGAAGAGCGCGAGGCCAAGGAGCGGCGUGAGCGUGAAAAGCUCGCGCAGCUGGAGCGCGAUGCGCGGCUGAAACGCGAGGCACAAGAAGCGGCGGAGCGUGCCCGCAUCGAGAAAGAGCAGAAGGAGCGCGAGGCGCUGUUGCAGGCCCAAGCGGAUCGUGAGCGUGAAGAUCUGCAGCGGAUCCAGAUGGAAGAGAAGGCGCUCAAGCGUGCGAAGCGCGAGGCGGACGAUGAAGAUCGUAUGGCACGUACCCAUGCGCGCCGCAUGGAAGAGCAGCAUGGCGACGAUGAGACGUCGUCGGUGGCCGAGACGGAACGGUCUACGACGUCGCGCGCGUCGGAUGCGACGGACUUUACGCAGCUCACGCAGCUCAUGCAGCGCACGAAGAUCGUCUCGAAAGAGCCAAAGCCCGCGAUCACGGGCAUUCUGGCGAAGAUGACGGGCAGUCGCCAGGUGAGCGGCAGCUCGCAGGCAACGACCAUUCGCGCAGGGAGCGACACCGAGGACGAUGAGCCUUCGACACCGGUGGCCACAGGUGCACGUGGCCUGCGCUUUGCCGAGCUGGCGCGCGCGCCGAGGGACGACGCGAUUGAGUCGCACCCGAUGCUUGGCUGGAUGUCGUACCUGCUGGAGCAUCGUGUGCCUGGCCUUGCGCUGCCCGUGCUGCCGUCGGUCCAGGUCACGCCGACCAUUCGCCAGAGCCUCACCAGCUGGUUCCGCCACUCGACCAUAUCCAUGGCGAGUGCAGACAUGUCGGUGGUCGCCGACGAGGACUGGGUCGUGCGUCCUGUGGGCCCCUACCGAGACGGCGGUGUGCGCUACAUGCCGGGCUUCACGAUCCACGGGUUGGCGGAUCCAACACACAAGAUUGAUCGCACCCGCUUCGUCCUGGCGCCGGACGACUCGCCCGAGGCCGAGUCCGAGUACAAACGCGUGAGCGACCUCGGUGAAUUGGUGUUUACCUCCACGAAGCCAUACACGGUGCAGCGGAUUCUGGCGCAGCUCGACAUGUCCGACAUCCUCCACCUAUACAAUGUGUCCCACUCGAUUCGCGCGGUGCUGCAGCAGCCGGCGGUGCAUGAGUCGAUUUUGGAGCAGUUCCUGCGUCCGAUAGGGUACCUGACAUGGGACGAGACCAUCGUCACCGACGAGAAGGGCACUGUGGAGCGCGUGCCCGAUCCGCUGCCGAUCAGCCUGCGCGAGUGUGAGUCGUUCCUGCUGUACCUGUACGCGGAGCCGGAGCUGGCCAUCGCAGCGGAAGCAUACACGACCGCCGGCCACCGUCUGGACCGCCGGAUCCCACGUAUGGCACGUGCGGCAACACGCGCGUACAGCCGCAUCCUGGCGCGUGUGCGUAUGCAGCCAGGCGGUAUGCACCCUGUGCCGGUGUCCAUCGAGACGCCUGGGCCGGACGGCGUUCAGCUGCGUACGCUAGCGACGGUGCAUGCGCCUGGCUACGUGUCGACGUUCCGUGCGUGGGCGCCCCUGCCUCACGGCGAUCCGUCGCUGUUUAGCACGGAGCUGCAGCGUAUGGAGCGUGAGCUGUUCAUUGCGGGCAUUUGGCGGUUCCUGCUGCGCGGCGAUGUGGUCAUAAAUACGGCCAGCGACCAUCGUUUCAUCUUCAAUGGCGAAGGAUUUGAGCUGCUGUGCACUAAAAACACGACGCACGCCCACAUUCCAUCGUACCUCAACAUGUUCCUCUUCCCACCGACAUACUACGACAUGGUGCUCCCGCCAGACUCCACGCCGCUGAUGCACUUGGACGUGGCGCCGUGGCGCCACCUGUUCUUGCCGUCCGUGCAGCUGGUGCGUGACAAUGUGGACACGGUAGGCCCCAAUGGCCAAGUAUACCGCCUGACCAAGUGGGUGUAUCGUACCGCGUUUACCAUGAACAUGCCCCUCCAUGAACUCCCCGACUUUUUGGAGUGUGCGUUCGAUGCGCAUCACGGCUGGAAUGGCACCGUGGCACUGGAAAUCGAGAGUACGACCGAGCAUAUUCUCGACGUCAUUCGCCGCUGCAUGACGCCCGACGACCCGCCCGAGCUGGCGCAGAAGAUCCUGCAGGCCGUGCUGGACGGCAACGCGACGUCGUUCCCGGUGCCGCCUAUGCCCACGAAGGACGAGGCGGACCUUCGCCCGACAUAUCCAUGGCGCCUCCUCCGUGAUCGCUCUCAACCUGGCCUGCUAUGGCUCACUCCCGCGUAA